GUUCUCAUAUAUCCCGUUACGGGCACUUUAUCUAGUUUGUUUUAUAAUAUUUUAUCUAUCCCGCUACGGAUAUCUGAUCUGCGAAAAAUAGGAGGAAAUACUGUACCAAAUAUAAUAUAUCGUCUCCUCCAACAUGUAAUCACCCCACAGCUAGCUGCUAAUUUCAGUUAUUUUGGCACCAACAAAAAACGACCAUUUGCUGAAUUGGAAAUAUGCAGUGUUUUAGCAGAUGUUGUACGAAUUCAUCACAGCGAUAUUACGAAUGCUAACAUGAAGGAACCAAUCCAGAGUUGGCUGCGCCAUUGUAAAGAGAAAUGUAGCAAACUGUAAAAAAAUUUUAAAAAAACUUUCUUAAUUUUAAUAAAUUUAAAAAAAUAUUUCUAAUUAACA